AUGGUUUGCGUUUGCCCGGAUCCAACAUUGACAGCUGCGGCUCCCAGGCACUUGCUCGGCUCGCGCCUUGUUUGCGAGACCGGACCCGGGAACCACUCCCGGCGGCGAUUACACAAUUACUACAUCGGUGAGAGACUCCUUUCCUACGAUAUUUUUCCAACAACGUCGGCAUCGCAAUCUGCAUCCUGCGAUCGCGCUCUCCCUUGCGUUCUUGCCGCCUCCUCCCUUGCAUCGAUCUCAAAGCUCCGAGCAUGCACGUGCGGCCACGGGUCAGGAAGUAUCCUGGAAAUUCUCCGUCUCCUUGAAAAGGUGGCUUGUCGCGCACGUGCUAGUACUGGCUGGAGGCGUGUGCUAUGGUUGUCCUGUUCCCCGUCCUGGCUCUGGGGAUUGUCGGACGCCAAACGGCCCCCCCUGCCCUGCACCGCAUACCGUGGUCGAGCUAGCGCAACAGCCCUGAGUUCGCGGCUGGUUUAA